GAGGAAGAAAGCCUCCGCUGAGAUCUGUUUUGCUGUUUUCUUCAGCGAGCAGUCCUCCCGGGGAGUUGGUGAAAAACUCUCACGAUGGCCUCCUCCGUGUUCAACUCACGGGCGAACAAUUUUCCUGGGCUGUCGGCGGAAGCCUCACCUUUUUUUGGCGAGCACUCCUCCCCGGCGAUCUCUCUGGCAGAUUUCUCCGGCAGAUUUGAUGGAGACAUGUAUUCCCAAUUACUGAGUACGAGUUUGCCAUUGUCUGAAUAUGUGAAGCUGAUUACCAAAACAACGAAUGUAUCACCUCCAGGAUAUCCAAAUCAUAGGCGCCUUGUUCUGACUGAUGAUAUCAAACGGCUGAUGAGGCGUGUGCUAGCAUUAAUGCCAGACCCUGAAACUAAUAACAUAUGCUUCUUCAAGUUGAAGGCUAACAAUGUUUUCGUUGACCUGCUGUCUGGAAAACCUUUUCUCCAUGCUGCAUCCUGGACAGCAAAUUAUGACGGCAAUCUUGCGAAGAAGAACUAUGCAAGCGUUGGGGAAAUGUUCAGACAGACAAUCUUCAGUGGAGCAGUGGUAUCUUUGCCUGCUGAUUUCCAACAACUCCUUAGCCUGAUGAAAACCAAUGGAGACACAGCUUCCUAUGCUAUUCAGCAUCAUUGCUCCCUCAUUUGGCGCGUCGUCAAGAAAGAGCUUUUUACUCGUAUAUAUGAUUUUUCAAACGAUAUUCUCCAGAAGUGGAACUAUACGUUGUAUACAGAAGUUAUGAAUAGUUUGCACUUCCCUGCAAACUGGGACACACUCAUUCAGCAAAACCCAUACCUGAAUAUGUUCUACAGAGGAAGUACCUAUUACCCCGAUGCUGCAAAGGACGUCCUGCGAUUUAAGAGGAACGCCUACACCCAUUGUUUGCAGUAUGCAUGA